CGCUUACAUAAAUUUCUAGGCUGCUUAUUUUCUUCACCAAUCACAACAACCGGCGGACAAUUCUCUCGUGUUGGCGAUAAGAUCGAACAACUUAAUUAGGGUUUUUUGGAUCCUUCGGACGUUGAGUGAAAUUGGAGUUCCGUAGCUGUUGUUGGACUGGUUAGACAAACUUUAAUAAUUUGAUUGAAAGACUGAAUGAUCUAAUGGAGUCUAAAGGUGGGAAGAAGAAGUCUAGUAGUAGUAAAUCCUUAUUCUACGAAGCUCCCCUUGGAUACAGCAUUGAAGACAUUCGACCAAACGGAGGAAUCAAGAAGUUCAGAUCAGCUGCAUACUCCAACUGCGCUCGCAAACCAUCCUGAUAUCCCCAAGCUGGUCUUCUGGUCACGUCUCUUGACGUGAUAAAAGCUCAAAAAUUAUAUUAGUUUUAGUUUUUAUUUUAAUCCCCGUGCUCCUUUUCUUCAAUAUUCCUCCUCUUUCUUGUCUUCUCUACCUGUUUUUACGACCACUUCCUCAAUCAAAAUGGCAUUGCCAGUCUCUGCAAUUGGUUUCGAAGGUUAUGAAAAAAGGCUUGAAAUUUCGUUCUUUGAACCAAGCAUCUUUGCUGACCCUGAGGGUAAGGGUCUUAGGAGCCUUACCAAAACUCAGUUGGAUGAGAUCCUUGAACCAGCUGAGUGCACUAUUGUUUCUACCCUGUCAAACAAGUAUCUGGACUCCUAUGUCCUCUCUGAAUCAAGCCUCUUUGUUCAUCCUUACAAGAUAAUUAUCAAAACUUGUGGGACGACGAAGUUACUUUUCUCGAUUCCUCCCAUCCUGAAGUUAGCUGAAUCUCUCUCUCUUACUGUGAGAGCUGUGAAGUAUACACGUGGGAGCUUCAUAUUCCCUGGGGCACAAUCAUUUCCUCAUCGCAGCUUCUCUGAGGAAGUUGCCCUCCUUGAUAGCUAUUUUGGGAAGCUUGGGUCAGGAAGCAAGGCAUUUGUUAUGGGCGAUUCUGGUCAGCCACAGAAAUGGCAUGUUUACUAUGCCUCUGCUGGAUCAGAGCAAUCCUCUGAUCCUGUUUAUACACUAGAAAUGUGUAUGACUGGUUUGGACAGGGAGAUGGCUUCUGUCUUUUACAGGAGUCAGUCAAGUUCUGCAGCUCUGAUGACAGUACAAUCAGGAAUACGGAAGAUUCUCCCAGAGUCUGAGAUAUGUGACUUUGAGUUUGAUCCAUGUGGUUAUUCCAUGAACUCUAUUGAAGGGGAUGCCAUAUCUACAAUUCAUGUUACGCCAGAAGAUGGUUUCAGCUAUGCAAGUUUCGAAGCUGCUGGAUACGAACUGAAAGUUGUGAAUCUUGGACCCCUGAUUGACAGGGUGUUGGCUUGUUUUGAGCCAAGCGAGUUUUCCAUCGCCGUUCAUGCUGAUCUGUCUCCGAAGUUACUUGAACUGACAUGCUCUUUGGAUCUAAAGGGUUACCAUCUUGGUGAGAAGUGCCAUGAAGAGCUGGGAUCUGACAAUUCUGUUGUGUACCAGAAGUUUGUCAAGACUGUGGCCUGUGGAUCUCCUAGGUCAAUUCUGAAAUGCUGCUGGAAAGAGGACGAGGAAGAAGAAAAGGAGUAGCAUUGGGGUUUUCAUUUAUAAGAAUAUACUACUAGAAUAAAAUAAAACAUGUGCCUAUUGUUCUCCAGGCAUAUGCAAGAGUAUUUCCUAGUUUGUCUCUGAUGUCAUCUAGAAUAAAAUAAAACAUGUGCCUAUUGUUCCUCCAGGCAUAUGUAAGAGUAUUUCCUAGUUUGACUCUGAUGUCAUCUAGUCUGCAUAUUUCUGAGUCUUUGGGACUCAUUCUAUCACUCUGGUGUUGUUUGGUUUGUGUUAUUUCAGAAAGAUUGUAUCUGGUUAUGUGUUGUUUUUGGUUGUUUUUGCUGAAUGAUGCCUGGUUACAUAUAUGUUUAAUGUCGCUCAGGACUGCAUCAUGCAGAGGGCGAUUCAGUUGCAAA